AUGGAAGUGCAUUUAGAAAGUAAGUUAAAAGCUAGUGGUUCGAAUUGCUCCCGAGAGAAUCUUAUCUGCGCCAAACUAUUUGAAAAAGCCAUAAAGCUAUUACUGCGAUCACCUUUGUUCAUUGUCAACAACCUCAAGAUAGAUAGAGAUUAUUUCAUUGAUGAUAUGAGAAUGAUAGAUGAAAUUAAUGAAGUGGUUAAUCAGAUUCCAUUAAUGAGACGUGUAAAAUUUUAUAAAAUUCAUAAGAAUCUACUGGAAGAACUUCAAGAAGCCGAAUUUAAAAUUAAAUACAGAUUUUCUUGCGGUACUGCCGUUUUCCUUAUUGACAUGGUGAAAAAUGAUUUGGCCGGUGAUUCAAGAGGUGGAUUUAUACCACCCCAUCUGAAAAUUUUGACUGUCAUAAGAACAUGGGCCCGUGGAGAGAUACAAGAUGAUGCAGGAGAUCUAAGUGGAAUGAGUCAGCCAACAAUAUCACUUGUAUUCAAACAAGUUGCUUUAGCACUAGUAGCACAAAGAGCACAAUGGAUUAAAAUGCCACAAAGUAAUGUGGAGCAGAACCAUGUGAUUGCAGGUUUUUAUUCAGUAUGUGGAUUUAGACAAGUGAUAGGGGCUAUUGAUUGCACACAUAUUCGAAUUCCGAAAGUCGGUGGAAAUAUCGGACAAUACUACAUAAACAGGAAAGUAUACAGUUCAAUAAAUGUACAAGUUGUGUCAAAUGCUAAUUUAGAGAUCAUGGAUAUAGUGGCACAUUGGCGAGGCAGCAUACAUGACUCAAGAAUAUUUAAUGAAAGUCACAUAAAACAAAGGUUUGACCAGUCAGAAUUUAAAGGUAGGCUUCUCGGAGAUUCUGGUUAUGCUUGUAUUCCUUAG